CGUGGUUCAUGUCCUCAGCUCAGCUGCAGCUUGUGUAUGAAAGCUGUCUGAUUUGAUUAAUUAGCAUUAUUACUACUGUGUUAUGAUCUCGCCGCAGUUCGGUCUCGCGAUAACAGCCGGGCUCCCUGCAUGCGCCAUUUGGAGCAUGGAGUCGCGUCGCGCGGGCAACGAGUGAGGAGCGGCCGUGAACCGGACAGAGCGGCAGUCUGCUGGUUGUUACCGAGCCGCGGAGUAUCCAGGAUACUUCCUCCUGAGCUGCUCACCUCACACCUGCGGAUCAUCUUCAGCGGCAGCGCGUCAGCACGUCAGCGAACAGACGCUGCUGACGUUUUGUAGUUUCAGCUUUGAGCGCCAUGUAGUCCCGUUACAUCAGAGACAUGCAGAACUCUGCAGCUCUACAGACCAGCAGGAUGGCGGAUGACCUGGACAUCGAGGCGAUGCUGGAGGCUCCGUACAGGAAGGAGGACACCAAGGCCCCGAGCCCCAACGGACAGGAGGAACGCAGCAAGAGGAAGAAGCGCAGCCGUGACAGGAAGCGCAGCAGGAGUCGAGACAGGAAGAGGAGCCGGAGUCGAGAGCGUAAACGCAGCCGCAGCAGAGACAAACGAAGAAGUCGCAGCAGAGAGCGCCGCGGCAGCAGAGAGAGGGGGGGGCGCUACAGAGACCACCACAAGCACCGUCGGCGGUCGAAGAGUAAAAGUCCCUUCAAGAAGGAGAAGAGUCCAAUCAGGCAGCCGAUAGAUAACCUGACUCCAGAGGAGCGAGAUGCCCGGACGGUGUUCUGUAUGCAGCUGGCAGCCCGGAUACGACCUCGAGACCUGGAGGACUUCUUCUCUGCUGUGGGGAAGGGGGAAUCUGACACCAUCAGGAUGAAGUGUGCUGUGUUGGUGGUGCUGAUGCUGUUGGCGGUUGCCGUGGUAACAGCCGCUGUGGUCCGUCUGCAGGUUCGGGAUGUGAGGAUGAUCUCUGACAGGAACUCCCGCAGGUCAAAGGGCAUCGCCUACAUCGAGUUUGUGGAGGCCAGUUCAGUUCCUCUGGCCAUCGGGCUGACGGGGCAAAGGCUGCUGGGAGUUCCCAUCAUCGUACAGGCCUCACAGGCAGAGAAGAACCGUGCAGCAGCAGCUGCCAACAACCUGCAGAAGGGAACAUCAGGACCGAUGAGGCUGUACGUCGGCUCUCUGCACUUCAACAUCACCGAGGAGAUGCUGAGAGGAAUCUUUGAGCCGUUUGGACGGAUCGAGAGCAUCCAGCUGAUGAUGGACAGCGAGACUGGACGCUCUAAAGGCUACGGCUUCAUCACUUUUGCAGAUGCAGAGUGUGCUAAGAAAGCUCUGGAGCAGCUGAACGGCUUCGAGCUGGCGGGUCGACCCAUGAAGGUGGGUCAUGUGACGGAGCGGGCCGACGCCUCCACGGCUUCGUCUUUCCUCGACAGCGACGAGCUCGAACGCACCGGCAUCGACCUCGGGACCACCGGACGGCUGCAGCUGAUGGCCCGACUCGCUGAGGGUACAGGUCUACAGAUCCCUCCUGCUGCUCAGCAGGCUCUGCAGAUGAGUGGAGCGAUCGCUAUCGGAGCCAUGGCUGCCGUGUCCGCUGCCAUGAAUCCAGCUCUCAACAUGAGCAUGAACUCUACUGCUCUGACUCUUCCCUCUCAGCCGCUCGCCACACACUGCUUCCAGCUUUCCAACAUGUUCAACCCCAGCAGUGAACGCAGGAUGGAUCAUGUUUGUGUUGUCUGUCCCAGUGAGGAGGCUCCUGGCUGGGAGAUGGAGAUCCAGCAUGAUGUCAUAGAGGAGUGUAACAAACAUGGAGGAGUCGUUCACAUCUACGUCGACAAGAACUCUGCUGAGGGAAAUGUUUACGUCAAGUGUCCGUCCAUCCCAGCUGCCAUGGCCGCCGUCAACGCUCUACACGGAAGAUACUUUGCUGGUAAAAUGAUCACGGCGGCGUACGUCCCCCUGCCCACCUACCACAACCUGUUCCCAGAGUCCGCCACCGCCACACAGCUGUUGACCCCGCCCCCACGACGGUGACUCACCAACAACACUGCCCUCUGAUUGGACACUGGACAUUAGAGCCCACCCCCCUUUUAUAUCCUCCUCUCCUAUUGGUUGACGCAGACGAGUCAGUUUCACUUCAGUUCAUCAGGUCUGAGAACGCCGACGAGGGACGUUGUUUGUAUUUUUCCUUCCAGUUUACUUCCUGUUUCCUGUUGUUAAUUCGCAUUAGCAUUUCUGGGCGUGGCCUCCACCCAGUUCCACCCGUAUUAAGUAUUAUCCAAUGAUUGAGCUCUGUGAGCUGUGAGGAGGCUGGCUGAAGAUGAAGAUGCUGUCAGCUCAUUGGUUGGUUUGAAGCCAUUUGGUAUUUAACUGUUUUCUAAUCAAGAAUUUGAUUUUGUAAAAUCCUUGAUUAAAUUUUAUUUUCAAGUCA